AAAAAAAUACAAAUACAAAAGAAAAAGAAUAAAUUUUUCUGCUGAUCAAACUUGAAUGAAAUAAAAAUCAUUACUAUCGAAAACGAUUCAGCCAUCGAUUUUAAUCAUUUUUUUUGUUUGUUUGUUUGCUAAUUCAAAUUUACAAACAAUAUGUUUGUGGUUUGUACACUGUUCUAGGUGUGUGUGUGUGUGUGUGUGUGUGUGUGUGUGUGUGUAUGAAUGAAAAUUAUUGAUUCGAUAACACAUUGAUUGUAACAAUUAUUUGAAUUAAAAAUAACGACGACGACGACGACAUAAAGCUAACAAAAUUAACAACAAUAAUUGCGGAAAAUGUUUAGCUUUUGACGCAAAACGAACAAGACGCCCAAGGAGGAACUCGGAAAAAAAUUUGACCGAGUUUGCAAAAUUGGCCAAGUCCAUUACAAAUAUCACGAAUCUUCAUGAUAACUUGGAGUUCACGGACAUAGCAGAAAUCACGGCACGAAAGAAUGAACUUCAGAAAAGAAUCGAACAGCUCCAGAACCAAGUGAUGGAGACUUAUAAAAAGUAUAAGAAUGUAAGGAUGUACAAUUUAAGGUUGCCAACGUGGAAGGUUUUUGAGAAUGAUACUUGGUAACAAGUAUUUGCUGAUCUAAACAGAGUAGCAGAUUUAACAGGUGAUAACAACAUCAUACGAUUUGUGAAAUGAUGAAUCUCAGCAAAAUAAUGUGUACAUCGCGAACUCAGCAAUAUUUCCUAAAAUGAUAACGUACGAGACAAUCCGUAUAUAACCCUGAUGAAUUCAUCUAAAAAUCAGAGGAGAGGAUCCAACAGAGAAUAUCAUCAGAAGAGACGAGAGGAUACCACAUCAGACGAGACGCUAUCAACAGAGGACCAAUAUCAAUAGAGGAGAAGCCGCAGUCAUCAGAAGUUACCAGAAGUCAACAGAUGUUCAUCGAUGUUAUUAUUAUUGUGAAUAAAGAAAUAAUUAUUCAACAAACGUUCUGGCCUAGAAGAGAGGUUAUGACAUUUAGUCGUAAUAUUAUAAGCCAGCAAGAUAGGGUAGGAGGAAUGGGUAACUACGGAUCAUCCAAAAAAUAUCUACAUAUUGCAAUCGAUUCAUUUACCAGAUUUGAUUGGAUUGUAACAUCGAAGACACAGACGGGAAAAGAUUUUGUGAAUUUAAUUAAUAAAGUGAUAACAUUACGGAAACCAAAAUUGGUAGUGGCAGAUCAGUAUACUGGAAUCAAAAGUACGGAAUUUCGACAAUUCCUAGAAAAUAAAGAUAUCAAAUUAAUGUUCACACCAAAAAAUCAUCCAGAAAGCAAUGGUAUGGUAGAAAGAGUAAACCAAACUCUUUGUGCUAGAAUACGACAACGUAUAUUGGAAACACCAAAAGAGAGACGACAAAUCUCUUGGACAACGAUUGCAACAAAUUGUGUAGAAGAAUACAACAAAACAAUUCAUAGCACGACGAAAUUUCCUCCGAUAUAUUUAUUAACUGGUGAAGAUCAUGAUAAGUUAAUAAGAGGAAAUAAAUUGGAAGAAAACAGGAAAAUUGCAUUUCAAAAUUCUUGUAAAAAUCAUGACGAAAAUAAGAUGCGCUUUGACAAACAUCAAACGAAUGAAAAAAUUGAAGUUGGACAAAUGGUAUAUGUAGAAACCGGAUCGAAGCUGAAUCGUGGAAAAUUAGAUCCUUUGUAUGAAGGACCUUAUAAAGUAACAGAUAAAGUUGGAACCAAUAUGUUACAAGUAAAGAAAAACAAUAAGAAGGAUUGGUUCCAUAUUGCUAAAAUCAAACCAGCAAUGUUCGGCAUACUAUUGAUUUUAUCGUUAAUGAUAGAACCAAUACGAAUGAUGAAUGAAACAGAUUGGGACACGAUAUCAGAUUUUGAAACAGAUGAUCCACCACCAUUUGAAACGGUUGACCCGGUGAUUUGGGUAAAAACGAAUCAUAAAUUGGCAUCGGUAUAUACUUUGAACUAUGUAGUAUUGAAAAUUCUGGAUCCUUGUGUAAUAGCAAGAAAAGAAAAACUAUUGUUACCAAAUGAUUUGGUCGAUUGUAUCAUGGCACAAAGAGAAAUUGAAAAUCUAUUAAGUGCAAAUUGUCCAGGUUUCAAACCACUGGAAAGUGUUGGACAUAAUACAAGGAAGAGAUCAGUCACCGGAAUUGUUACAGCUGGUGCAAUGCUAUUCUAUAUUGCCAGUACUGUUAUUGGAAUGGUUGGACAAGUAUGGAAUCAAUGGGUUCACACUGAUAUGAAACAAAUGAAUGAACAGAUUAAGAUGACAAAAAGGUACGAAGAACAAUUUGCAAAUAAGACGGUGGAUACCUUUAAAAAUCUGAUGAGUGAUAUGGAUGAAUUGGUUGAUCAGAUUAGUGAAGAAUUGAAAUCGUUAAGAAAUGGAAACCGUAUUGUGACACAAAUCAAAAUAACAGAACCCAUUUUAAUGAGGUUUUUCAAAAUGGCGAAGCAGAAAAAAGUUAUUCCUGAAUUUGAUUAUUUGUUUCCGAAUAUUACUUUGGAAGAUAAAAUAGAUAAACGAUAUUGGGAGUUAAUAAGAUGUGAAUCAAGAAACAAGGGAUACAUCAGUUUGGAAAUUAUCACGCCAAAAGUAAAACCCGAUGAAGUAAUUUUGAAAGCUCAUUCAUUCACGAUUUACAAAAGAGAUGGGAAGGGGGAAACUGCAUAUAAAUAUGUUGGCCCGAAAUUUUUGGUAAUGAAUGAAAAGAAUGGGUGUAUAAAACCAAUUCACAUUGAACCAAAAUCACAUGAACCAGAAGUAUUUUUAUCAUUGAGUAAACCAUUGGAUGAAAGUUGUGGCAAAUUCAAGCUAAAUGAAGCUUGGAAAAAAACAACUACAACGUUUGGUGAGUUAUCAUAUGAAAAGAUACAAACGUAUGUGGACGAAAAUGCUGUAUAUUUAUAUUGCAAUGGAUCAACGAUUGAAUUUAGAGAAAAAAGGUACCGUUGUGAAAAUUUUGUGUAUCGAUUGGAUCGGAAUCAAGAGUUCAUGCUGAACAGUGUCAAAUAUAAGAUGCUUGGAAGAAAUGUUACUGGAACGUUAUUGACGGAUAAGUUAAAGGAUCGAUUGACAAAGAAGGUCUUGGGUGGCUUAACCAAUUUUCGAAAUUAUAAGAAAGAGUUAAGAAAUUUAGAUCUUCUGGUUAAAGAAUUGGAUCAAGAAGCUAAAAAAUAUUGGGAAGUAAUUCCACAAUAUGAAAUGUUUUGGGGAAUUGUGGCCAGUAGUAUUGUUAUUAUCAGUUUGUUGUUGGCUACAAUUUUCGUUGCUAUUGGUUUUUGUAAAAUGUUUAGAAAAAAUCGAAAAAUGAAGAAAAGGCUUAAACGAACUGCCUCACAACUAAUGCAGAUGGAAGUAAUGAAAAAUCCACAAUAUCGUACUGUACCAUACCAAGGAAGAUAUUGAUGAGGGGGGAUGUAAGGAUGUACAAUUUAAGGUUGCCAACGUGGAAGGUUUUUGAGAAUGAUACUUGGUAACAAGUAUUUGCUGAUCUAAACAGAGUAGCAGAUUUAACAGGUGAUAACAACAUCAUACGAUUUGUGAAAUGAUGAAUCUCAGCAAAAUAAUGUGUACAUCGCGAACUCAGCAAUAUUUCCUAAGAUGAUAACGUACGAGACAAUCCGUAUAUAACCCUGAUGAAUUGAUCUAAAAAUCAGAGGAGAGGAUCCAACAGAGAAUAUCAUCAGAAGAGACGAGAGGAUACCACAUCAGACGAGACGCUAUCAACAGAGGACCAAUAUCAACAGAGGAGAAGCCGCAGUCAUCAGAAGUUACCAGAAGUCAACAGAUGUUCAUCGAUGUUAUUAUUAUUGUGAAUAAAGAAAUAAUUAUUCAACAAACGUUCCGGCCUAGAAGAGAGGUUAUGACAUUUAGUCGUAAUAUUAUAAGAAUAUCGAUGAAGAGGUUGAUUGGUCAAAGUACGAUCCUCUUGUCACGGGGGAUUACGCAGAAAAAUGGGAACAAAUAAAAAAGAAGAUAACAACAAACGAGCAUGUUAUCACCAACAUGUGGCAAAAUGGUCAUACACAUCGAGAUGGUCCGCCACCAACGGGAAAUCCAAAUCAAAACCGCAAUUCAACAAUGUUACCACCACCAAAUGGAGAGUGGACAUUUGAACCCACUCAAAAAUUCGAUACAACCCGAUACAAAUUAAUACAGCCGUUUUCGGAAAAAUACAUGGAAUUCCUAGACUUAUGGGAUAUUUUCAUGGAUGUGGUGGACAGAGCAACUAAUUUGUCAGAAUCAGCAAAGUUCCUGUAUUUGUAUUUCGAUAUUUUUAUAUUUCUUAAAGGCCUCCAUUGUUUGUUUUUGGAGUUGCUCAAUUUUUUUUGUUGAAUUUCAUUUUUGCAUGCUGUAACAUCCGCUAUAUCUGCAAAUUUCAGGUUAUUAUGGAGAUUUGUGAUAUUCGAUCUUAUGGACUUGGCCAAUUUUGCAAACUCGGUCAAAUUUUUUCCGAGUUCCUCCUUGGGCGUCUUGUUGUUCGUCUUUGGUCCGAAACUGAACAUUUUCUUCAAUUAUCGUCGUUAAUUCGGUUGGCUUCAAUUGCCAACGUAUAUCGUCUUUGUUGUCGUUGCGAUUUUCGUUUUUAUGUGGUCGUCGUCGUUGCUUUCGUCGUCGUUGUUUUCGUCAUCGUUUUUUUUCGUCAUCGUUAAACUUCUGUAGAUACUCGAUUGGAUUCACUAGGUAUCCUACUGACUUAUAAUAUUAUGACAAACUGUCAUAAACUUGCUUCUUGACAAAACGUUUGUUGAAUAAUUAUUUUAAUGAUUUAUUUAUUGAUUUACAAUAAUGAUUAUUUGGGUUAUUAGGAUUUUGGUUGGAAUUAUAUACUAAAAUUAUCUAAA